GACAUAUCCAAAUCGGGAUGAGAUUAACCCGACGAACACGAAAUCAGUUGUCAGAAAUACCACAUUGCAGUCGGACGUUCUUUUCUAAAAAUACGCAAUCAAAAGAAUUUAAUUUAAAAGAAAAGAAGAGAAAAACUAUCUCUUCUGUUCAUCAAAAACGUGAAUCCUCAAAAUUUCACUGCAAUCUAAUCCUAUAAAUAAAACCCAUUAAAAAAUAAAUACAAAAACAACACAAUAAGUUGUAUUUUUCCCUUCAUGAUUCUUUUCCUAUAAUUUUCUUCUUUUAAAUAUUUUAUUGAAAUCAAAUUUUUGGAAUAAGAUAAGAAAAUAUUGCCCCUAUCCGUGCCUGAGUCCGAGUCCUUUGAAGUGAAGAGUGAAUAAAUUCAAAUAUAUUAUAUUACUGUGAAGUGGUAAAGAAAAUUCAAUAACUUCCUUUUUGUUUUAGAUUUAAAUUUUAGAAAAAAUACCGUAAUGUGCUGAAUUUUUGAAAUAUUUUAUAAACGUCAAAAAAAGAGUAAUUUAAAAUUCAUCUUGAAGUUGUCUUACGAAGGAUGACAGCUGAAGUUAUGGCUGCCGACGCAAAUCGGGACCCAGCUUUAUCCAAAUUAGUUUCAUCACUUCAAGAAACCGAAACAUUAUCAAGUGAACAAGAAAUAGAUUUUCUUAAAACACUUCUGGAAUCCAAAGAGCUAAAUGCCUUAGUUAAUGUUCAUAGUAAAGUUGCAAAAGUUUUAAGAGAUGAUAAAUUAGCUCCACUCCUUUCAACUUCAACACAGGUCCUAAUAGAAGUAUUAGAACAAUUAUCUCAACGAUGCCAUUUAUCACCAAUUUGUAAAGAAGCAUUUUAUCUCCUACAAAAUCCACAUUUGCAGAGUCUGCUUUGUGCACACGAUGCUAUCGCCCAAAAGGAUUUCUAUCCGCACCUGCCCGAGAUCCCAGUUGAGAUGGACGAAGAUGAAGAAACGAUUAAAAUCGUUCAGUUGGUGAAAAGUAAUGAGCCAUUGGCAGGAGCACAAAGCGCGGAGCCAAUUGUUGGUGCAACAAUCAAAACAGACGAAGAAACGGGAAAGAUAAUUAUUGCCCGGAUAAUGCAUGGUGGAGCUGCAGACCGUUCUGGAGUGAUUCAUGUGGGCGAUGAAGUUAUCGAAGUGAAUGGAAUUAAUGUGGAGGGCAAGACACCUGGAGAUGUCUUGCAGAUUCUGCAAAAUUCUGAAGGAAAUAUCACAUUUAAAAUAGUUCCCUCAGAUGGAAAGGGUGGACAGAGGGAGAGUAAAGUACGAGUACGAGCUCACUUUGAUUACAACCCAGAAAAUGAUCCAUAUAUUCCCUGCAAAGAAGCUGGACUAGCAUUUCAACGAGGUGAUAUUCUACACAUCGUUUCACAGGAUGAUGCAUAUUGGUGGCAAGCGAGAAAAGAAUCUGAACGCACAGCUCGUGCAGGACUGAUCCCAAGUAGAGCCCUACAAGAACGUCGAGUCAUUCAUGAACGAACCCAACGUGACACAACCGAUGGGGAAUCAAAGACUGAAGGCUCAUGUGCAUCCAUUUGCACGACCCCACCCGGCUCUCCAAUGCUUAACUCUAGUAGUAGUACAUCAUCCUGCCGUCAGCCUAAAACUAAAAAAAUUAUGUAUGACUUAGCCGAGAAUGAUGACUUUGAUCGGGAAAUGAUUGCCACUUACGAGGAAGUUGCUAAACUAUAUCCCAGGCCAGGUGUUUAUAGGCCAGUGGUGCUGAUUGGAGCACCAGGUGUUGGGAGAAAUGAACUGAAACGAAGACUUACAGCUAGAGAUCCAGAGAAGUUUAGAAGUCCAGUGCCAUAUACAACACGUCCAAUACGUCAAGGAGAAGUCCCUGGACGGGAAUACAUUUUUAUUUCCCGCGAAAAAAUGGAAUCAGACGUUUCAGCGGGGAAAUUCAUUGAACAUGGUGAAUACAAGGGACACCUCUAUGGGACAUCCGCUGAGAGUGUGAAGUCUAUUGUCAAUGCAGGUUGUGUUUGCAUUCUAAGUCCACACUACCAAGCCAUCAAAGCUCUGCGAACUGUCCAAUUGAAACCAUUUAUGAUCCACAUAAAACCACCAAGUUUCGAUGUCCUGAAGGGAACUCGUACAGCGUCCAGAGCGAAGUCCACAUUUGAUGAGACCAAUUCUAGAGGAUUUACGGAUGAAGAAUUCCAAGACAUGGUGAAACAUGGAGAACGUAUUGACUUCCUCUAUGGCCAUUAUUUUGAUGAAGAAAUCGUAAAUGACGAUCUAGCUUCAGCUUUGGAAAAGCUUGUUAAUUGUGUUCAACGUGCCGAAAAUGAACCACUUUGGUCACCAGCUUCUUGGGUUCAGUAAUAGUUUAUUUUUGUUUUUAGAAACAAAACCAAAAGUAGUAUUUGGACUUUUCUCAAACCACACAUUCAAUUUGUUAUUAUAAUUAUUAUCUAUACCCAGGACUGUUUCCAAUUAAAUUACUGUUGUAACAAAAUAUUAUUAAAAUGUUAACAAAAAAAAACAAAAACAACCAAGAAAUUAAAUUAAAAUAAACCCAAAACAAUUUUCAAAUCCAUAUAAAUACAGCUCCAUGAGAAAAACCUCAUUGUCCUAGCAUCCAGUGUCUCCAUAUUUUGAAAAUUCCAAAGCAUUUAAAAAGUUUUGGAUAUUUUUUUACAUAAAAACAUAAAAAAAAAGUAAAAUUAUUAGAAAAAAAUUACGUACCUUUGAAAUGAAACAAUAAACGAUGUUAAAAGAAUUUUAUUCUUUAACAUUAAAAUAAAAAUUAAAACCAAUUUCAUAGAGAAAAAAA